GCAGGAAAUGCCCGCGCGAGGGUGUCACCUGCCCCGGGACUUGUUGAUUCCCCGGUGCCCGGAGCCCGGAGGACGAGCUCGCUCACCUGGCGCCAGGUGCGGCCCCGGGAGCUCCCGCCGCGCACAGUCAUGAGCAAGUUGGGCAAGUUCUUUAAGGGGGGCGGCUCGUCCAAGAGCCGCGCGGCCGCCAGCGCCCCCGAGGCCUUGGCCAGGCUCCGGGAGACAGAGGAGAUGCUGGGCAAGAAGCAAGAGUACCUGGAAAACCGAAUCCAGAGAGAGCUCAGCCUGGCCAGGAAGCACGGCACGCAGAAUAAGAGAGCUGCGUUGCAGGCACUCAAGAGAAAGAAGAGAUUUGAGAAGCAGCUCUCUCAGAUUGACGGCACACUCUCCACCAUCGAGUUCCAGAGAGAAGCCCUGGAAAACUCACACACGAACACUGAGGUGUUAAGGAAUAUGGGCUUUGCGGCCAAAGCCAUGAAAUCCAUUCAUCAAAACAUGGAUCUAAACAAAAUAGAUGAUUUGAUGCAAGAGAUUACAGAACAACAGGAUAUUGCUCAAGAAAUCUCAGAGGCAUUUUCUCAACGGACUGGAUUUGGUGAUGAAUUUGAUGAGGAUGAGUUGAUGGCAGAACUUGAAGAACUGGAGCAGGAGGAAUUAAAUAAGAAGAUGACAAACAUCCGACUUCCAAAUGUGCCUUCCUCCUCCCUCCCGGCCCAGCCCGCUAGGACGCCAAGCGCGGCCUCUGCACGCCAGCCCCGGGCAGCAUCUUCCCGGAGGAGGGCGGAAGACGAGGACGAUGAUUUCAAAGAACUGGCAGCUUGGGCCACUUAAAUGAGAACAGGAAUUCUUUCCAUCUCUAUGAGCUAUGCAGGACACAUGAGAAAGCAUGUUUUUCCAAGUUCAGAAUGUAACGAAGGUCCGAUGUUGUAUGUGCGACUGGAUGAGUAAUUGUUUUUAAACUUUGUGAGUCAAAGUUUUCAAAGGAGUUGCGUGCUGACGGAAUCGGGGUGGAUAGGAGCUACCUGGUCACUUCUUGCCCCAUCCCCCACCUUCCCCGGGGGCUGGGGGGCAUUCUAUCAUAUUCUCUAUUGUAUUUCUGAUGCUGGCACAUAGUUGGUGCUUCCCAAACAUUUGUGGAAAGGAAAACAAUUCUGACGACUCAUAAAGCAUAAGUUUGGAGCUGGAGAGAUAGCAGAGCCCUUAGGGCACUCACUUGCCUUGCAAGCAGCUGACCCGGCUUCGACCCCCAUCAUCCCAUGAGGUCGGCCAUGCAUCUCCAGUAAUAAUUCGUAAGCACAGAACUUGGAGAAACUCCUGAGCAUUGCCAGGUGUGGCCCCCAGACCAAAAAGACAAAAGAACAGAAAGCCUGCUUCUGGAAGGCCUUUAUGCUGACAGCGUUUAUGCUCGCUGAGGGGUAUCACUAUCUUUUCUGUACCCAUUAUGUCUUUGCUGUGGAUCCACUUUAGACAGGGUGGCAGUUGCCACCACUGUAAAGACCCCAUCUCUUCUGAGAGUGACUUUAUGUAGAGAAGAACCCGCAUGAGUCUAUAUGGAAAUGGUUUUAUUUUUAUCUCGCCAUUUGAAACAUUAAAAGGGCUUUAAUUGACAUUUAUUAUGCCAAUUAAGCUUGAAAUGGGGCAAUGGCUGCGUUUCCCCAAAUGUCUGAGAGCACUAACAGCCUCAGCUGUUAGGAGAGUCCCCUGGGUGUCGUUGAGUCACUUAGGGAGCUGCGUUAACAGGCCCGGGCCAUUAUGGUGCUGUUAGGGCUCAGCUCACUAAAUGUGGCAAUGUUCAUUCUGUCCUGUUUUGUGUUCUCUUGUACAGUUAUUUACACUUUAUGGCACACUCUUUGUAAAUACUUAAAAAUAUAGGCAAUUAGAAGUCUAUCCUGAAUAAAAUUUGGGCCACUGGUGUU